AUGACAAUAAUUUCCACCAUCUAUCUAUCUAUCUAUCUAUCUAUCUAUCUAUCUAUCUAUCUAUCUAUCUAUCUAUCUAUUCUGAUCUGUUCGUAUCUUUGUAUCUAUUAUCGCAUACUAAGCUCAUCUAGUAAAUUCUUUAUAGUUCCAUCUUUCUUUUUCUUCUUCUUUUUGCAUUCAUUUUUAGUCUCUCUUUUUCAUCUUCUUUUUGCAUUCCUUUUUAGUCUCUCUUUUUCAUCUUCUUUUUGCAUUCAUUUUCAGUCUCUCUUUUUCAUCUUCUUUUUGCAUUCCUUUUUAUCUCUCUUUUUCUUCUUCUUUUUGCAUUCAUUUUUAGUCUCUCUUUUUCUUCUUCUUUUUGCAUUCCUUUUAGUCUCUCUUUUUUCUUCUUCUUUUGCAUUCAUUUUUAGUCUCUUUUUUUUUUUUUUGCAUUCAUUUUUAUCUCUCUUUUUCUUCUUCUUUUUGCAUUCCUUUUUAGUCUCUCUUUUUCUUCUUCUUUUUGCAUCCAUUUUUAGUCUCUCUUUUUCUUCUUUUUGCAUUCAUUUUUAUCUCUCUUUUCAUCUUUUUGCAUUCAUUUUCAGUCUCUCUUUUUCUUCUUUUUGCAUUCAUUUUUACUCUCUCUCUUUCCUCUUUUUGCAUUCAUUUUUAGUUUCCCUUUUUCUUCUUUUUGCAUUCAUUUUUAGUCUCUCUUUUUCAUCUUCUCGCUUUCAUAUUAGUCUCUCUUUCUUGUAUUCAUUUCUUAUUGCAUUGACUUUUAGUUUCCUCUUUUCAUUUUGUAUUCAUUUUUCUCUCUCUUUUUCUUGCAUCCAUUUUUAG